AUUCCAGACCUUCUGUGAACCAACCAUUUCCAUCUCACAUCGACUUUCCUCAUCUUCCUCCGUUCGUUGACGGCCAGGUCGCCAUCAUGACUACGAGAGGCGUUUCCGUCCUCAAGUUUGUAGGGACUGUGUCCCUCGGCCUCCUAACAGGCGUUUCUUUCACCCUCUCGACCCUCACCAUUCCCGCUCUCCUGACCCUCCCCUCCGCAAACGAUGCCGCGCGCGCGCUCGAAUCGCUAUCCACCUCGGCCAAGAAGCACCUGCGCACACUGAGCACCGUCUCGGGCUCCGCCUUCGCCCUCGCCUACUACCUCUCCCCGCGCGCCUACCGCCACCCGUACCUGAUCUACACCUCGCUGCUUGUGUUCGGCUCCCGCUUCAUCACCUCGGGCUUCUUCGGCCCUUACUUCAGCUUCAUCACCCCCGCCGUCCCCGCCUCGUUCUCGUCCGGCAUGUCCUCCGUCUCGUUCGUGACCGCCCGCAGCAGCCAGCAGAAGAAGAAGACCAGCACGCCGCGCGGCUUGGAGGCUAGCUACGAGGUUCUCGGUGAUCCUUCCCACAGCGAGUCGGGCUCGGAAGAUGUCGAGGAGGAGCUGGCUAAUGUCAAUGGCGAGGAGGUCCGCGCUAACGUGGAGGUGUUCUUGAAGAAGAACAUUGUCCAGAGCGCUGUGGCUGGCGUUGCGUUCUUGAUGUCGGUUGUCGGCAUCUGGGGCGAUGGGCUGGGACAGCGGACUAUUGUCAUUGCUUGAAGUGAUGACUAGGGAAUGCGGAAGAGAUUGGUUGCUUGGGUGCAACCAUCUGAAGAGGUGAGAAACCAAGGGGGAACAACAGAUAAUGCUCA